AUGGAAAAGUAUGGAGUUCCAGAGAAGAUUAUACGCAUUGUGAGGCUGUUUUAUGAAGAUUUCCAGUGUGCGGUCGAAGAUCAGGGUGAAAUAGGAGAAUGGUUCAACAUAAAGACGGGGGUAAAGCAAGGCUGCAAUAUGUCGGGCUUUAUGUUUCUAUUGGUCAUGGACUGGAUAUUGCGAAGGUCAGUUGGAAAAGGAGAAAAUGGAAUACGAUGGAAAUUUACAUCUAAACUGGACGAUUUAGACUUUGCGGACGACCUAGCAUUGCUUUCCUCGACAAAACACCAUAUUCAGGAGAAGACAGCAAAGCUGGACGGCGAGGCUAGGCGAGCGGGAUUGAAAAUAAACUUAGAAAAGACGAAGAUGCUAAGGAUAAAUGCGAAACAGAAUGGAAAUAUUGUGAUCAAUGGAAAAGAAAUCGAAGAUGUCAGCGAGUUUACGUACCUAGCAGCAAAAGUUUGCAGAGAGGGUGGUGGAAUGAAAGAUCUCAGAAAUAGAUCAUCAAAAGCAAGGAGUGUGUACAAAAGGCUGAAACGUAUAUGGGACUCAAAGAAGAUCAUGAGACGGACAAAGAUAAAGAUUUACAAGUCGUUGGUACUUUCGGUUUUAUUGUACGGUUGCGAGACGUGGAAGAUGAACAACAAAGAUGAUAAAUUGCUAGAUGUAUCCCAACAGAAGUGUUUGAGAAGGAUAUUGAAGAUUAGUUGGGAAGACCAUGUAACGAAUGAAGAGGUACAGAGAAGAACUGGAGUGCAUCAAUUGAGCAGUGAAGUGAAGAGACGGCGAUAG